AGAAGGCAAGAUUCAGCACCCAUCUGCAAGGAUUGGAUGGUGUUCAACAAGAUCAUUCUUUUCCUUGUACUACUCUUCUGUAUUUUAAAUCAUCAAUUAUUAUCGCACUCCAUUAACAUAAAUAAUGAAACCUUAGUAGGCAUGGGGAUUGUUCUAGAUACGGAGUCAUGGAUAGGGAAGUCCAUUCACAUGUGCAUUAGCAUGGCCAUAUCUGAUUUUUAUGCUCUUAAUCAUAGCUACAGAACCAGGAUAGUUCUUCACACAAGGGACUCCAAGAAAGAUCCAUUAAAAGCUCUUUCAGCUGUAGAUCAUCUUCUGAGGAAAGUGAAGGUGAAAGCCAUCAUAGGCCCAGAAACGCAUCUUCAACCCAAGUUAUUAUCUUUGUAUGCUGAUAGAGCUAAAGUUCCUAUAUUUUCUCUUGCUGCUCCAUCUUCAGUGGAAUACCCUUACUUGUUACAUAUCAAAGACGAUGAAUCCACCAUGGCCAAAUGCGUUGCUGCCGUUGUGGAAUCAUACAAAUGGAGGGAUGUUAUUUUCAUUUAUGAAGACACCGAUGAUGGAAGGGAGAUCUUACCUUAUCUGAUUGAGUCACUCUUGGAUAAAAGCAUCAAGAUCACUCACAGAAGUGCCAUUUCUCUCUUGGCCACAUGUGAUGAAAUAACUGAGCAAUUGCAUAAGCUCAUGACUUUUCAGACAACUAUAAUUAUCGUACAUAUGUCACCUUCACUUGCAAAUAGAGUUUUCCUAAAUGCAAAAAGGUUAGGAAUGAUGAGGGAAGAAUAUGCAUGGAUUUUAACUGAAAAAACAGUUGACCUCUUGCGAUCAACAGAUUUUGAAGUUAUUGAGUCAAUACAAGGGGCACUAGGUUUUAGGUCUUAUGUUCCAGCAUCAAGGAGGCUGCAUAACUUAACAGCAAGAUGGCAUAAUUUCUUUUACAGAAAGUAUCCUACAUCAGUAACAAAAGAGAUACCUGUGCUUGCUUUACGGGCAUAUGAUACAAUCUGGGCACUUGCGGAGUCUGUUGAGAAAGUUGAAGAAAAUGAUCCUUUCCUUUUAAACGAGGUCUUGAAAAUCAGAUUUAAGGGCAUAAGUGGUGAGUUUCAACUUAGUGAAGGAAGAGUUAUCUCCAAUGGAUAUGAGAUUAUGAAUGCCAUCGACUAUGGUGAGAAGCGAGUAGGAUAUUGGACAUCAUCAGAGGGUAUCAAGAAAGCAUACCCCCUGAUUAACAGCGGUCAUAGACAUUCUAGUAUGCAUAAUGAAGCUGUUAUCUGGCCAGGAGGGUCUAUAACUGUUCCAAAAGGUCGGGUAUUGUUGCAAACAGUUCCUGGUAAAAAAUUAAAAAUCGGUGUUCUAAAGAUAAGAAACUUUAAGUACUUCGUGGAUGUAGAGCAUGAUGUCGAGAAAAAUGUUACUACAGCCACUGGGUUCUCUAUAGAUGUAUUCAAUACUUGCAUUGGUGCAUUACCUUACAUAUUCAUUGCAUUUGACAAUGCCACUUACGAUGAUAUUGUACAGAAGGUCAAUAAUAUGGAACUUGAUGCAGUCGUGGGUGAUUCAACAAUCUUGGCCAACAGAUCUGAGCUUGUUGACUAUACAGCAACUUAUACCGACUUGGGUGUAGGAACACUUGCAAGAAUAAAGAAAAAAGACAUGUGGUUCUUCUUGAAGCCGCUGGACAUGGGUUUAUGGCUAACUUUUAUUGCUUCUCUUGUGGCAACUGGCUUUGUGGUUUGGGCAAUUGAAUGCAUGAAUCAGGAAUCUGAAUGUUCACAAGCUCAACGAAUUGGAACAAUCUUGUGGCUCAUCCUAUUGUCUAUCUUUUUCGCUCAAAAAGAGAAGUUGUCAAGCAAUCUAUCGAGAUUUGUAAUGUUCGUUUGGUUACUGGUGGUGCUUAUCUUGAUCACAAGCUACACAGCAACACUGUCUUCACUGUUGACAGUUGAGCAAUUCGAAUUGGCAUCAAAGGGGCGAAUCGUGGGGUUUCAUGGAGGCUCUUUUAUAAGGGGAGUGACAAUCAGCAAUUUGCACUUUGAAGAUCAUAAUAAUAGGCCAUACUACUCAUAUGAGGAUUAUGCCCAUGCAUUAUCAGAAGAUGGUGAAGCUGAUGCCAUUGUUGAUGAGAUUCCUUACAUCAAGAUGUUUCUUGGCAAGUACUCAUCAGGCGAUUAUUCCUUGGUUUCCUCUCAACCUAUCACGUCUGGUUUUGGCUUUAUCUUCCAAAAAGGUUCGCCAUUGGUAGGAGAGGUGUCGAAAGAAAUCGCCCGAAUGAGAUUAGACGGAAGUCUAGCAGGUUUGGAGAAAAAGUGGUUUGAGAAUCGGCUUUCUAUUCCACCCCAAAAUUCUACAAUGACCAAAGCCUUGAAGCUUGAUAGAUUUGGUGGUAUUUUUAUUAUUAAUGGGAGCAGUUUGGCUUUAGCCCUUAUGAUCUCUGUAAUUUGCAGAGUUUGUGCAAAAAUGGAGGUCCAGAAUAUCAUUUCACUCGUACUUAGACGUAAUUUGAUGGAUACUAUAAGGUAUCUCCUGUAUAAAAAUGUCAUCCGGACAUGACUACCCAAUCUUUCAUUGAU